GUUUGGGAGUAAAAAUAGAAAACACCGAUUUGUAAUUUAAUACAGCAUUUUAAGAGGUGGACAAAAGUGCAUCAUACUGUUAAUUGUCGCGGGUUUUGUUGUGCGUUAAGUAUUAUAAACAAGAAACACUGCAUUUAACCUCAUCUUUUAAGUUGGAUUACACCAAAGAAAUGACAGGUAAUGGUUCCUUUUUGGCAGAUUUAAUCAAUUAUACAACUUUAGAGGACAACAAUGACAAUUUUGGUGAUGACAGUGACAGCUAUGAAGACGUCUAUACCUUUUACGGACCCUUCAGCAAGGUGGUUAACAUUUUUAAAGAUAUAAUUUUAAGUUUAUUCAUACUUGUUCUUGACUGUAUUCUACUGUAUCUAUUUUGUUCCUUUAGUAAAAUUCGAAAAAAAUACAACGUUUAUAUUUUAAAUUUUGUUAUUUUGGAUACAUUUGCACAGAUAAAGUCCAUCAUUGAUUUUUUGUUUAUUUAUACUUUAUCUGUAAAUCAAUACUACAAGUUUAGCUAUGUAAUUUUUUUAACAGUUCAUUUUUAUAAGUACAGCCUAGCAUUUUAUUUUAUUUUGUCUUUUUUAUUAGCACUGGAAUGGUUUGUGGAAUCUUACCGACCACAUUUACUUAAUAUUCCAGAUUUUGUAAGAAACGUUGUUUUAUUUGUUUUAAAUUGUAUAGUUCUAGUUUUAGGUAUAUUUACCUACUUUUUGCCUAGUAUUGUAAGACAUGAUGAUAUAGUAAUCUUCAUUGCAUAUUUCGCAACUUUGUUUAGUAUGUUAAUUUUAAAUGUAUUAGUUCGUCGUGUGGACUUAACAAGAGCUUACGUUCAUACGUCCUACAUUCUUAAUGUAGCAAAUAUCGUUUUUGUGUCAUAUUUCAUUUUAAUUUUAUAUAAUAUAUUCCUUAUUUAUGUAGUAGAGCUAAAUUUCGUUUGUUAUUGCAUUUUGUUGUUUACGUUGUUUAUUCCUCAACUUCUAGCACACGCACAUUUUGUUUUAAUAAUGUGGGUUUUCUAUAAGAAUAACAUUGAUGUAAGAAAUGUUGUAAAUCGCCAUUUUAAGGUUUUGGAAGAUUUCAACGACGACAGAACGUUAACAGAAAAUCAAGAGGUUGAAGAAAAUACGUACAUUCAUGCAGAUAAUUUUGGUAGUGUAGAUGAUACUAGACGAAUAAGUAGUUUUAUAUAAAAUGUAGAGUGAUAAUACUUUGUAAAAAAAUACAAUAUCAAA